AUGACACAGGAUCAACGUUCUUUCAACUCUUCAGUUAACUCUUCUGAUCUUCGAAAUCAACAACAACAUCAUUCUUUUUUACAUCAUCCUGCCAUACCUCAUUUUGGUAUGACGGUUACCGAUGCAACAUGUUCAUCGAAUACAACUAACACCACCAUUCAACAACCACUGUUCAACUAUCCUGGUUUUACAACCAACCAUCAUCAUCUACCAAUGCCAAUGAAUGUCACUGAACAUGACCAACACUCAGCGACAUCUUUUCUAUCUCAUCCAGCUAACACGAACAUGACUCAUCACCAUAUUAAUCAUCACCAACAAUCUCUUAAUAAUGUUACACCAUUGGAUAGUGACAAUGAAAAUCAUUUCACCUUAGUAAAAAGAAAAAAAAAGAAAACAAAAAUUGAUCGUGUACUCAAUGAAACACCCUCAUCUUGUUCAUCAUCAUCUUCUUCAUCAGUUAGUACUGCUAACUCAACUUCAUCAACUAACACCAAUAGUAUUAUCUCAAAUGUUCCUGCAUCUAAUCCAAUUCGUAUACGAAUUAAAACAGGUAACAAUGGUGAAGUUAGGGUGGUUGGAAAUUCUACUGAAAUAACACAUGAAGCUCGUCGUUUCGCUGAAACAAGAUUUGCUUUUCCUCCUUUCAUCGUGAAAUUCAACCAAGAUGUUGAUGAAAAACGUAUUAUUAAAUUUAUUUCUUCUCAUUACUUCGCCAAUUAUGAUUUUAAUUUGAAAUUGGCUGGGCAUCGACUUAAAGGUAAACGAGAUUUGUUAUUAUUUCCUAAUGAUCGUGAUACAUUUUUGAUCUUAUUCAACGAACAUAAUUGGCCUUCAACAAUUGAAUCACUUACAUAUGAAAAAAUUUUACCUAAUCAUUUACCUGCUCAAUUUUCUAUAUUACUUCGAAGUGUACCAACUCAUCUUGAUGUUCCUGCAUUAUUAGCUUCUAUACAAAACGAGUAUCCUGAUGUUAUUAAUGCAUUUCGAAUUAGUAACAAGAAUAAACUUCCUACUACUUUGGUUAGACUUGAUAUUAAAAAUAUAAAUGUUAUAAAUGAUUUGCUCAACAAAAAAUUCUUAUAUGUUGAUAAUAUUCGUUUUGCAAUUACUGAAUACCUUGCACCUGCCAAGGUCUUGAUUUGCUCCAAAUGUUUUCAGGUAGGGCACUUUAGGAGCUCAUGUAAAAAUCCUUUAGAUUUUUGUAAAUUUUGUGGUGCUGGUGUGGACGAUCUUAAUCAACAUAAAUUAAAUUGUGAUAAAAAAUUAGAUUGUUUACGAUGUAAAGGUGAACAUGAUGCAAAUGAUAUGAGAUGCCCUAUUAUUACAACCUAUAGAUCUGCACUUACGAAAUCCUUUCUUACUACAGCUGGCGUUAACGAUCAUCCACAACAGAAUCAAACAAAUCAAACAAAUUAUUGGUUUAAUAAUAAUGAUUAUCCUGUUUUAAACAAAAAAAAUUCUACUAAUCAUCAUCAUUGUUCAGUCAAUAACAUAGCCAGCGAUGCUGGUAAAAAAAUCGAAGAACUCUUUCUCAAAAUGAAUAAAAUUGAAGAAAAUCUAAAUAAAUUAUUAGACUUAAAUAAUAAUUAUUCUGAUCAACUUAUUGGUUUACAGCAGGUGGUUAUGAAUCACACUCACGAUUUACACUUACAGCAAAUUGAUACAUCAUUUCAACGUGAUUUUAUAAACCAGUUUGUGUCGCCGUUAUGUCAAGUAAUGGUGGAAGUAAUUCCUACACUUGUAAAACAAAAUGUCUUAAACGACAAAACUCUAUUUUGUCCUUCACUUGCUGGUUUAUGUACCAAACUUGUUAAUGAUUUACCUGGUUGGACAAAUAGAUUUUUGCAAAACGAGCAGUUCAAAUCUAAGCUUAUCAACGAUCAUAAUCGGAAAACCCAACACCCUUCUGACCCAUCAACCAACAAGAAAAUUCAUCCCCCUUCAUCGAAUCUAUAA